AUGGCACUGUUAUUCCGAAGCUACCAUGUUCAUCAAAGGACAGAGCUAGAACGUGGCAAAAAAAAGAGGAAGAUGGCAUUGCUAUGCUAUGACAGGGGCCUGAAGGCCUUGCUCGAGGAAAUUGUACAAAAAAGACUGACAGAGGAGGUUAUGCCACCAGACCAGGUUGUCUUUUGGGUUGGCGCUAUCUCCAGAGAGCAGAGGAAUGUGCAGCAUUACAGUAAAAAGUUCAACGACCCACUCUGCCUCCAGGAAUGCAAUAAAGAUGAUCUUAUUGAAAUUUUAACCCAACGCUGUAAUGCCCAACGGCUCAUUAUUGCUCAGAUCUACAGUGGUUCAUAUGGACAGGAUCUGGUCACUGACCUUAAGGAGAAAUUGUCUGACCAUUUCAAAGAGGUAAUGGUAGGUCUGAUGUAUCCACCAGCCUUUUUUGAUGCUCAUGAACUGCGACAUGCUAUGAAGGGUGCAGGCACAGAUGAAAAUUGCUUAAUUGAGAUUCUUGCCUCAAGAACCAACAGUGAGAUCUAUGCGAUUAAUGAAGUCUACAUGAUGCAAUUUGGUGUGCCACUUCAAGAGGAUAUUGAUUCAGAAACAUCUGGACACUUCAGGGAUACCCUAAUGAUACUUGCACAGGGAGCCAGAGAAGAGGGAUAUGAGUAUGAGGAUCAAGCCAUGGCUGCAGAGGAUGCUACGAUUCUUUGGGACGCAUGCCAAGGCGAAUCGGGGGAGCAUAAAAAUAUGCUGCAAGAUAUCCUGUGUAGAAAGAGCUAUCAGCAAUUGUGGAUGGCUUUUCAACAAUUCCAACUUGUAUCUGGUCAAGAUAUUGUGGAUGUAAUCAGAGACUGCUAUGAUGGACACUUUCAGCAAUUACUCAUUGCAAUUAUUCUUUGUGUUAGGGACAAAGCUUCCUAUUUUGCAUACAAGCUCAACAGUGCAAUAUAUGACUUCGGCUUUCACAACAAGACAGUUAUAAGAAUCUUGAUUUCAAGAAGUGAACUGGAUCUGAUGAAUAUCAAAAGAAGUUACAAGGAGCAAUAUGGAAAUUCUCUACACCAUGAUAUCAGGCAAUAUGCAUCAGGACACUAUGAGGCAGCUCUUUCAGCAAUUUGUACUGGUGAUGCUGAAGAUUAUUAG